UUUCCAUCAUUCUCCUAUCAACAGCUAGUUACAAUUAAAUCCCUCCAUCCCUUCUUCAUUUGCCACAUAUAGUGGAGAAAGAGAAAACAAAGAGAACAUGGACAAACAUGACGCAGCAUCAAAACUUCUUCACGGUCAAGCACAGAUAUGGAAACAAAUGUUCGCCUUUGUAGACUCCAUGGCUUUAAAAUGUGCUGUGGAGCUCCAAAUAGCUGACAUUAUACACUCCCAUGGCCGCCCCUUAUCCCUCUCCGAAAUCUCCUCCAAUAUCACCAACUCUUCGUCCCCAAGUUUUCCAUAUCUGGCACGCAUCAUGAGGUUGUUAGUCCGCAACAAUAUCUUCGAAUCCAUAGAAGAUGUUCAACAGGAAAAUGGUGGAGACACUCCCUCCACCACCCUCUACGGCCUAACCACCGCCUCCCGGUGGCUACUAAAUAACAAUGACCAGUUGAGCAUGACUCCCUUUAUCUUAAUGGAGAACCAUCCAUGGCUUUUAAGUCCAUGGCAUCAGUUGAGUACUUGUGUAAGAGAGGGCGGCAUUGCAUUCCAAAAAGCUCAUGGAAAAGAGAUAUGGGAUAUGGCAUCACAAAACCCUGAGUUCAACAAGAUUUUUAAUGAUGGGAUGGAAUGUACUGGGAAGAUUACAAUGCAAGCAAUUCUUUCAGUGUUUAAAGGUACUUAUUGGGAUGGUGUGGAAUCACUUGUGGAUGUUGGGGGUGGGACUGGUGCAACCAUGGCUGAGAUUGUCAAGGUUUAUCCACAUAUCAAAGGAAUCAACUUUGAUUUGCCGCAUGUUAUCGCUACAGCACCUAAGUAUGAUGGAGUUUCUCAUGUUGGUGGUGACAUGUUUGAUGCCAUCCCCAGUGCUCAAGCAGUCUUCAUGAAGUGGAUAAUGCAUGAUUGGUGUGAUGAAGAUUGUGUGAAAAUAUUGAAAAACUGUCGAAGAGCAAUACCAGAAAAAACAGGAAAGGUCUUCAUUGUUGAAGUGGUUUUAAAGCCUGACGGUGAUGGGUUAUUUGACAGCAUUGGGAUGAUACUUGACUUGCUAAUGAUUGCUCACAGCUCCGGUGGUAAGGAGAGGACUGAACCUGAAUGGAAAAAACUUUUAGAUAAAGGAGGCUUCCCACGUUACAAGAUUACUGAAAUUCCAGCUUGCUUUUCCAUCAUAGAGGCCUAUCCAGAAUGAUAUUAUAACUAUCAGAGUUGCACAUUGGAUCUCUUAUCAUUUAUGUAAAGUACAGUCUUAGUAGCUUCCAGAGGGAAUGUGCAAGAUAUUUCAUGAAAUUUGGCUGCCAAAUUGUAAUAAUCUAUCUUGAUUUAGUCUUUUACUUCAAUCUUGACAUGUCUUCCUUUUUACC